ACGCGUUGUGGUGACUUUUGCCUGCGUUUUGUUUUUGCAGGCAGGCAUGUCGAUGCUUGUGAACCCCGAAGCCCAGCUCCUUCAAGAGGUGAUGCUCAAAGACCAAAGGGCGUUUGCAUUCAAAAUGCUCAUGCUUCGUAGGGCAAAAUCGAAUCCUUCACUGGUUGGAGCUGGGUCACAAUCUCUUGCGAGGACGAAAACAAGCAAUCCAGGAGUAGCUGCAAGUGGUUCUCCAGCUGUGCCACGACAUGGGCAAGUUGCGCAGCCCAAGUGCUCUCCUCCACAACGAGGCGGAGCACAACGCAGCAAGGUUCGGGACACAGAUCCUCCGGGCUUCCCAUCCGGCAGAAUUGUCUACGUCCGCCAUCGUCCCAAACCAUUUUUCUCAGGCUAGUACGCCUGGCGUGAGUGCAGAUUCCGCAGUGAAGCUGUGCAUUUGCGCUUCGGAUCGGAGUUUAUUGCGAGCGCUCUAGACCAAGCUCCCCAAGGGAUGUAAUGGGCGAUAUCUCCCAAAGCGGAUCCAUGGUCGGGAUUUGAAUUCCUCAGCUCCCAACGUC